GGAUAGUGGUGGUAGCAGAGGAGGAACCCAACUCAUCAAAAAAAAAAAGGAAGAACCGAACCCUAGAUCGGCAAGAAACGCAGGCAGCAGACGAGGCGAUGGCGGCGGCGAUUCGACACGUGGGCAGAAGGCUCGGCGGCGGCAAGGCGGUUUACAAGCCCGUCGUCUCGCCGCUGGUCGAGGAUGAGUGUCGCCGGCUGAUGCCAAGGCUCAUCUACGGCGGCCGUCAGCCUAUCCCUUUUCGUUUCCGGCCUUUGUCUGCCUCCGCCGGCGGCGCUGAUGUUGGCAACAGCAACCUGCAUCAACCGAAUGCAAAACCUGCGCUUGACCUCGACGCCAAGAGAGCAUGGGGCCGUCGUCAGAUAGCAGAAAUCGAGACCAAGAAGCACGAUCUCUUCUACCAGCUCGCUGAGCUUGAUAGCAGAUUCCCCUCGCGUAACAAGUACUUCCGAGAUAACAGGGAGCUUAUCCACCAUCUCUUCGGACACAUUGAGCCCAAUCCCAAUGACACCCUAUGGCGCUUCUGUCGUGCAAGAGAAAGAUUCAAUAAUUGCCUGGUAUAUGGACUGCCUACAAUGCUUGCCACUUGGAUGUAUCUGGAUUGGGAUGGAUGGAAAGAGAUGUUUGCUGAUAUCCUUGGAGUUAGUAGCUAGUUAUCUUAUCUAGCCCAAUGUUUGAAGCCUAUAUAGUGUCUGUUAUCAGAGUAAAUUUCUUAUCGGUACACUUUUUAUUGGCUGAAUGUGAAGGAACUGCACUUCUUGUAGCCUGACUUGUUUCAACAGGGUGCAUUUCUCUUAAAGAAAAGUUCAGUUUCUAGACCUUUGGCCAAUAAAAGGUGUUCUCCUUAAAGAAAUUCACCCCAAUCUAGAGUGUAAAACUACUACUCCCGCUGAUCCAAAUUAAUUGGCGCAUACUUAGUACAACUUUGUACUCCCUCCGUAAAGAAAUAUAAGAGCGUUAGUUAUCUGGGUGUUAA